AUGGGACGAUGGCGUGGACGUCUAUAUGCGACUGAUCGCGCAAGAGACUUUGAUCAUGAGCGAGAUCGACAUGUCCGUGUACGGCAGAUUUACGAGACCAUCGACCGACAGCCUUUCCAAUGGGUCGUUGUCCUCGUGGCGGGAGUUGGGUUCUUGCUCGAUGGCUUCUCACUCUUUGCCGGAAACAUCGCCCUGCCCAUGAUCUCCUAUGUCUACUGGAACCAAGAAGUCUCGACGUAUCGACUGACAUGUAUCAACAUCGUCACGCUCACCGGGACCCUGAUGGGCCAAGCAACGUUUGGUUUCCUCGCUGACAAGAAAGGCCGAAAGACAAUGUACGGGAUUGAGUUGCUCCUGCUCAUCGGUUCGACGUUGGGCGUGGUCAUGAGCUCUGACGGCCACAACGGAAGCAUGAGCGUCUAUGGGUGGUUAAUUUGGUGGAGGCUUAUGGUCGGAAUAGGCGUGGGAGCAGACUAUCCGCUUUCCGCAGUUAUAACUGCAGAGUUUGCUCCCACCAAACACCGAGCACGCAUGAUGGCAAGCGUCUUCUUCAUGCAACCACUUGGUCAGAUCAUGGGCAAUCUGAUCUCACUGAUCGUGGUCGCCAUCUCCCGCCAUUCGAACAAAGACGAUCUGGAGCGCUCCGUGGACAUUAUGUGGAGGUGGAUUAUUGGUAUCGGCGUGGUGCCAGGAGUGAUUGCUUUGCUCUUUCGUUUCGCCAUCCCGGAAACCCCUCGAUUCCUGCUCGAUAUUGAAGACGACCCUGUCAAAGCUGAAUUUGACGCAACCCAGCUUUUCGGGGAAACUCCCAUGAACAACGAGCUGGAGAUCGGCAUGUGGUGCGAUUCCCUUGAAGAGUCAAACCUAUCCAAUCGGUCACUCGACGAACGUUCUGACGCCAGACCCUCGUUCACGGUGACCCCGGCGCCGCUGGCUACCUUGAAUUCAUCCUGGAAGAUAUCGAAAGCUGAUAUCAAACAGUAUUUCUGGACCGAAGGCAAUUGGCGUACGUUGAUGGCUGUGUCAGUAUGCUGGCUUCUAUUGGAUUUUGGGUACUACGGCAUUGGCCUGUCGAACCCCCAGUUUCUUGCCAAAACCUGGGGCAACCUGCACAUUUCGACUGCCCGGCCGAUCUGGGAGACAAACGAUGCCCCUAACACCGAUAUCUACGACAUGUUCAUGAACACGUCGGUGCAGGCGCUGGUCGUUCUGAAUACCGGAAGCUUUGCGGGAGGACUCUUGUGGAUUCUUUCGGCUCCUCGGCUGAACAGGGUGUCUCUGCAGAAAUACGGCUUCUUGGCCCUAGCAGCAUUGUUUAUUGCUUUGGGCACUGAAUUUAUUGUGGUCCAGCAAGAAGGGGCUUUGGCAAUCACGCUGUACGUGAUUGGACAGUUCCUGUUCAAUUUCGGCCCUAACUCAACGACAUACAUCAUCCCCGCUGAGCUGUUCCCAACCCGUUAUCGAUGUACUUGCCACGGCAUCGCGGCGGCUUCCGGGAAACUUGGAUCUAUUUUGGUGCAGGUGUUUUCUUUCUACUACAAGUUUGGGUCUACGUCACCCGGCGACAACCAGACAAAGCGUUACGGGACCAUCCUGGUGGUCUUCAGCGCAUGUAUGAUCCUGGGGGCGGCGGUCACCCAUUUCUUCAUCCCCGAGGUACAAGAAAAGGCGAGGCGAGGCUCCAUCUGGUCUGGAAGAAGUAAGACACUGGAAGCCCUUGCACUUGGCCGAUGGGGCGAACACAGUGAGUCGGUGAUUCGUUCCCGUCCGACGAGGAGCAUUGAUGGGCUAUGA